CAUAUAAAGAAGGUACUGAAUAAAUGCUGCUCACUGUCCAUGGCCAGUAAACAUCAGGGGUAGAAUUGAAGCCAGGGUCCCAGACACUGAACAAGUGCUUCUUCCCUCGCAUCCGCUGCCAUCUGGAGGCCAUGGGGGGGCGCCCAUCCAGUCCAAUAUCCCAAUACUCUCCCGGAAGCCCAGAGCAGCCCAGAGUCCAGGCCGCUGUCACCCGUCGGCACGAAGAAUUUGGGUCUCCCGCCCCGCCCCCUUCUCAAAACGCAAUUCACUCUGGUACUCUGGGUGUAUUUCCCAAAGUCGCAAUUUGAUUUAGAAAUCUUGGAGUGGGGAUGGGGGAAACCAAGAAGCUCGGCCGUUUUCUUCUCUCGACCCCGGUCACAAAUCCAAGGGAAACAGCCUUCAGGCAAUCUAGGAGAAUAUGGUCCGCGCGCUCAGGUUUGAUCCAUCCGACACUCCGUCUGGGCUACGGGAGGGCGCAUGCGCACAACGGCUCCUGACUUUUUUUUUUUUUUUUCCGGCUCCUUCUCCUGACAACGAGCGGCAAUGGCGGUCUGCAUGGGGCUGGUGACUCGUCUGCCUCUUUGCGCCCAGGGAAGGGGUCGAUUCUUCGAUUCUCUCCACCGGCACCUCAGUUCUCCCGGAACUGCCAUCCUCAAAAGAGAAGAGCCACCUGCGGGAAGCGCAGAGCUAGGUGAGGAGGCGCGGGCGCCACAAAAGACUUUCUCUGAGGUACAAAAAGAAAGACAUGAGCAGGCACAAAGGUCCAUUUUAAUAAGCUGCCCCAAGAAAGUUCCUGAGAAAAGACUUCUUAAGUAUUUGUGUCAGCAUGGAGAAAUCACUAAUCAUUUCUUCUUUGAAAGCUUUGGCAUUCAUGCUGUUAUAGAAUAUUCCAAAAAGGAAAGUAUAGCUUCACUACAGGAUUCAACUUUCAUCCCUUAUGGAGAAACAGAGUUUCCUAUUCCUUUUAAAUCUCGGUUCUUUAAUAUAAGCUUGAAGAAUCCAUCGAGCCAAAUUUCAGAUGGUACACUUGUACGGUGUAGUGACCAGUCUAGCCCUUCAAAUGUGGAUCUUAUGCAGAUGCUUUGUAAUGCAGAAAGUGUAGAAGGCCAAAUAAACACCCUCAUGAGGAUAUUACAAAUAACAGAAGAGAACAUUAGGCUCCGAUACCUUACCUGCUCUCUUAUCGAGGAUAUUGCAGCUGCAUAUUUUCCAGCUUGUACUAUCAAACCAUUUGGAUCAUCAGUAAACGGCUUUGGGAAGCUGGGCUGUGAUUUGGACAUGUUUUUGGAUCUAGAUGACAUUGGGAAAAAUAGUGCUGUCAAGGUAACAGGAUCAUUUUUAAUGGAAUAUCAGGUGAAAAAUGUUUCUUCUGAAAGAUGGGCAACUCAGAAGAUUCUAUCUGUGAUUGGAGAAUGCCUAGACAACUUUGGUCCGGGUUGUGUGAGUGUACAGAAGAUAUUACAUGCUCGCUGUCCAUUGGUGAGGUUCUCUCAUCAGCCUUCUGGUUUUCAGUGUGAUUUGACUGCUAAUAAUAGGAUUGCCCUGAAAAGUUCAGAACUCCUGUACAUAUAUGGGACUCUAGACUCCCGAGUAAGAGCUCUGGCAUUCAGUGUACGAUGCUGGGCACGGCAACAAGCAUUGACAAGCAGUAUUCCUGGUGCUUGGUUAACAAAUUUCUCCCUUACAAUCAUGGUCAUCUUUUUCCUUCAGAAAAGAUCUCCUCCAAUCAUUCCAUCUCUAGACUAUCUAAAAAAUCUCGCAGGUGCAGAAGACAAAUGCAUAAUUGAAGGCAAUGACUGUACAUUCGUUAGUAACUUGGACAGAAUUAAACCUUCUGAAAACACAGAAACACUAGAUAUUCUACUAUGUCAGUUUUUUGAAUAUUUUGGAAAUUUUGCUUUUAAUAAGAAUUCUAUAAAUAUUCGAAAGGGAAAGGAGCAAAAUAAGCCUGACUCUUCUCCUAUACAUAUUCAGAAUCCCUUUGAACCUGCCCUUAACGUUAGCAGAAAUGUUAAUGAAAACCAGCUGGAAAGAUUUGUCCAUCUGGCUAGAGAAAGUGCUUGGAUUUUACAACAAGAUGACAAAAUUCAACCUUCAAAAUCAAGGAGCCAUCCUUGGGGGCUGGCAGCCCUGUUUCUACCAUCUGUAUCAAAUAAAUCCAAGGCCAAGAAGCCAGGGAAAGGACCUUCAAAUGAGACGAUCAGAAAGUUGUUAGAGUCUAUAAAGGCCGAUUCCACAAAACGUUCCACAGCUACAAGGGAGAAAAGAACUACUCAGUCAUGAGGACUGCUUUCUUUUAAGAAUUGAUUGUGUCCAAUAAAAAGGUAUUUGAAAUACAGUGAGAAAACUGACCUUGGCCUUCCACAAACUUCAGCUUUGGUUUAUUCCUUUGCAUCUGACUCAGCUCAUUGUACAGGACUUGGAGCAUCCAGAACUAGUUUUUAUCUGGCAACCAUGUGAGGCCAGAGCCAGAUAUUUUUAUAGAAUGAAACAAAAUGACAAGAGAAAAAAGGUUGGGGAAUAAGAAAAUGAAUAGAGGGAUGGUACCACCUUCUAUUAGUAGAAUCACAACUUAAAAAGCAACUCAUUAACUACAAUGCCACCAGUCUUAUUGAUUAAAAAUGUUUUAAAUUUAAGCCUUCCAACCAUGUUCAUGGCUAUUUUUACUGUGCUUAAGUUACCUGGUAACUAAAGAGAGAACAAUAAAUUAUCCAGCCACUAAUUUGUAGUCAACCUGAUUAUGGUUGUUUGGUGUGUUGCUAAUGUUUUCAGAUUAUGAUCCUGUAUUAUUUGCUCUUCCUUUCCAGAAUCAAAAAAUAAAACUCACCACUGUGAAAUAUUCCUUCC